AUGGUUCUUAUGACAAUGAUCGCAAGGGUCGUAGACGGCCUCCCUCUGGCCGCUACAAUGCAAGAAGAUGAACAGAGCGGCUGCAAUGUACUGGAGUAUCAAAAUCAGGCUAAAAUGCUGUUUAGAAAACUAGGCCCACAAUCGCCGACACGUUGCUCCAUCGAAACUGGGCCCUAUCUCUUCCAUUAUCUUAUUGAACACGAGAUCUGCUACUUAGUGUUGUGUGAGCGGAACUACAGUAAAAGACUAGCAUUCAGUUAUCUCGAGGAGAUAGCACAAGAGUUCUACCAACAAUACGGCAAGAGGGUGAACACAGUCACUCGACCCUACACAUUCAUAGAGUUCGACACCUGGAUGCAGCGCGCACGGCGGCAGUACGCGGAGGGUGGCGCACGCGCACGACGCGCGGGCGCCGCCGCCCAGCUCGGCGGCCAGCUUGGGGACGUGCAGCGCAUCAUGAUGCAAAAUAUCGACGAUGUGCUGCAGAGGGGAGCUAUAUUAUCAGAACUGGAUACCAAGACUCAGAACUUGUCAAUGAUGUCUUCAAAGUACAAGAAGGAUGCGACAUACCUAAACACUAAGUCCAUGCUUGUCAAGGUGACGGCGGGCGCAGUUAUACUGCUUGUGUUCGUGCUAUAUUUCUGGGUGCUUUAG